AUGCCGAUGAGCAACAACUACGCGAUGGAGCCUGCGCCGGAGAUGCAGCGCCUUCGGCCGCGCCAGACACCCUCAGUCUCCUCGGUCUCCACGAUACGCGGCGACCCCUUUUCGAACCAGGGUCAGGUCGGGUCCCACGCAGGAUUGUUUCAUGGGCAAGCCUCCAGCUCUCAGAUGCCUCCUGUACCUCCUGCGCGGACAUCAUCCCUCCUCCCCAUGCUGCCAGGCAGUCCACUCAACCAUCUCCCCCUCAAUCCCGGCUCACCAUCCUCCCGGCGCGUGCCCGCCCUCCAGGUGAUCCACCCCACACCGACGAAAAAGAAGGGUCGACCUCGGUCGACCGCCUCGGGCGACACAGCUAUAGCUGCUAGCCCAACGAGACGUCCGAUGUCUGCAGCGAGCAGUCAGGAUGCAAUGGCGGCAGAUGAGCCAAUGGAUGACGACAGGGAGGAGGCGAAGAAGGCGCGGGCGAGGGAAAAGGGGCGGGAACGACAGCGGCGAAAACGCGAGCGAGAUAAGGCUGUGAAGCAAGCUACCAAGCAUCUCACUGCUUCGACCACGAGCCUCACGUCCAUGUCGGUCCCGUCGUCCGUUUCGUCGACUUACUCCUCUCUUCCCCACACCCAAUCCCUGUACUCCCUCUCAGCCUCCCCCAAUCAAUCCUUCGCAUUCUCCACAUCCUCCACCUCGCUCUCUGGCCAGUCUUCAACAAACGUCCUCCUCACACCCGCUGUCGCUCCUGACGCCAUCUACACUGGCAAAAUCAAAUCCCGUCGAAAUUCCCCUGCUCCCCCUAUACCCCAUACAGUAACGGACGAUCACGUGUCGAAGCGUCGAAAGUCCGAGCCUGAACCAGACGACUUCCGACUGGGACUGGGCGUCUCUCUUCCUUUCACUCAGGACGGCAACAGCACCAUCCGGGGCCGCCCGAGGCCACACCGAACGGCUUCGUUUGCGCCUACCGAGGUGUCGACCUGUACCUCGGCCGCGGAGCCGGACUCAUCCGACUGGGGAGCGAGAUCGCCCACUCCGCCUCCCGUGCCUCGGCCGGCCCGUGCGGAAGUCGUCACAAGACAGGGCCAAUUCUUCGCGUCUACCUUGAUCCUGGCAUGCGAGAUGUCGGGGUUGGCGGCCUCGCUAGAGGCAUCGUUGAAGCUGGGCAAGAAGGAGCUGGAUGGAAUGAAGGAGGAGCUCGGGGCGGUGUAUGACAGAUGGGCAAAGAAGGUGAUGGAGCAGGAUAUGGGGAAGGUCUCACUGGAUGAGCCCAUCGAAACAGAUCAGGCUACCUCAACGCCUCAACGACCUAGAGCAGAUACGCUCUCGGGUCCGCCUGGUCCCCCUCCGCAGGCUGCUCACGGCCGUACCCGCUCCGUCUCGUCCGCAUCCAUGCUUGCUCGCGGGCUCGUACUCAACCCCAUCCCCGGUCCUCCAUCCCAUCCUCAGCCCAAAAACACCUGGGAAAGCAAGGUCCAGGGUCAGGGACCUGGGUCGGACUCGCCAACCAACUCAAAUCUACAAACCCCGAGCACCGGUCAAGGCACGUCUUUCAUUAUUCCGAACCACGACCCGGUGCCAACUGUAAAUAUGCCGCAGGGGCAGGGUCACUGGCGGAAUCACACAGAGCCUAUAACGGGGUACGACUACCAGAUGGAGUGGAAGGCUGGAACAGGGGGCCUGGAGAGUCCUCUGACGGUCGUCAAGCCGAGCAGGCCGUCGACUGCGGGUCCGGCAGUCACCGCGGGUGCUGCCAAGCCGACCGUCUCGCCAACAGACUCGAGUACCACGCCUCCCCUUUUACAACCCCUCGGUCCCCCGGCCGUACCGCAGUCCCAGCCAGCUGCUGCCACGCCUACAGCCAUGGCGUCGCACCCGGUUCAAUACCAAUACCGGAACUUCGUGCCCGCCCCAAACGAUGCCCGGAUGUACCAUACUAUGCCUCAGCAGCCCAUGUACUAUCCACCUCCCCACGCCUAUCCUCCGCAAAAUUACACCCCGGGCCCUUCCCCAUACCCUACCGGUCCAUGGACACCCACCCCCACUUCCCGGCCCGCUGCCUUCCGCCAUGGCAUGGUGCUCACCCAUCCCUUCACACCCGGGACUCCCAUGACGCUGAUGGGCGGAAACGAUACUCCCAUGUACUACAAUCCUGCAAUCUUGGCACAGCAGACUGCCACUCUUGCUACGCCAGACGGAACGCCGCAGGGCACGCCCCAUCACAAUAUGGUGGGGCUGCCGCCUUUGCCAAUGCCACAGAACGCGGUCAUUGAGCAGGUCGGGGAGGGGACUGGGUCUGGCGGAGUGAUGGGACACAACGGAGGACGGGAAGGCAUGGUUGUUGGUGGGGACAUGGGAGGUGGGGCUUCCGGCCCGCCCAUGGCCAACGGACCUAUGCGGACGGGGGAUGACGGCUUGGCUAUAGGCGCCAAGAUGUUUGGGUUUGGGUACAACUACUCGGCCUGA